AUGGAGCGUUACGCAGCCAACGAGUUACCGGAUUUCAGCCCGCCCCAGAAGAUGCCGGCGAUUCUUGCGGCGUACGACCACGCGAUGGACACCCAUCCUGCCAUCGCGCAGGUCUUGAGCAACGCACUGAUGCUCCUAGUCGGCGAUGUCCUCACCCAGACGCUCAUCGAACGCCGGCGACCCCUGAACCUAAAAAGAGCCGCCGUGGCGUUUACCGUUGGGGCCGCCUACUGCGGUCCGGUCUUGAGGAUGUGGUACCAAGCACUCGACUGGAUGUCUCCGAGCACGGAUGUGUCCGGUGUGGCUCUGAACGUGGUGCUGACGGAACUGGUCUUCGCGCCCAUCUUUCUGCUUGGCGUCUUCGUGGUUUUCGGCGUCCUCGAGUGGAGGAGCUGGGGAGCCAUUGGUGGUACCAUUCGGGCCAAGUACCUCGGGACUCUGGCGGUCAACUUGGUCUUCUGGCCGGCGACGCAGGUCGUCAACUUUCGGUUCGUGCCUCUGAACUACCGCCUUCUUUUCGCCGACUUUAUGGGGCUUCUCUGGGGUUCCUUCGUGUCCUGGAGGGCUAACAGCCGUUACAACACUGGCCUUGAGCAGCCGUGUUCUGAGGGCAAACCUGUUACCACAAAAGAAAAAAGUGAACUGAAAAUCCGAGUUACUUGA